UUUAAUAUACAUUAAUGCAAAUGUAUAAUGUAUAGUGUGUUUAGAAAUUUUAAAACAACACUAAAGAUCAUAGGCUAUAUAAAAUAUUUAUCGAAAAACUCAAUAUUUUUGUAGGGACCUAUAAAUAUUGAGAAAAUUUUAAAAAUAUGAAAAUAUUAUUUUAAAUUUAUAAGAGAAGAGCAAUUAUUCAGAUAAUUUUUUAUAUAUUGGAAGAAUUUUUGGACCCAUGUUGUGUGUGUGCGAAUAAAUAUUUGAUUAUAUACCAGCUACUUUUUUAUAUGAAAAUAUAGUAAUCAUCUUAAAUCAAUAGAAGUUUUAGAGUUUUGUACAAUUUAUUUACAUAUAAUAUCCCAUGCAAAUAUCAUAUGUAUUUUAAUAUUUGUACACCAAUGUUAUUUAAAGUAGAAUCAAGACAGAAAAAGGCAUAGAGCAUUAAGGUCGUUAUCAAUUCGUAAAACAAACUAGAAAAUACCAACGAAAACCUAAAUUACAUCUUCUUCACGACAAAACUCUUGUUAGGUUCUGAUGUGUAAACAUGGUCUUAAAGUCGUAUUUUGAAAAUGAAUCAAACAAAAUAAUUAAAAGCUGCAUUUGACGUAAAUAUAUAAAUAAGAAAAUAAAUAUUUAUUUUCUUUUUCUGAGAAACCAAAUAUUUAUUUUAUAAAUAACGAAAACAAGUGCAAGAUCCAUCAAAGCAAAAGGAGGGUCUAAAGAUUGAGACAGUCUCUUAGCAUCUAAGCAAGCAUACUUUAAUGAUAUUCUUCUGUGUUUGUUAAUACAGUUAUGAUAUUUUCUAGUUCAUAUAUAUCAAUAAAUCAGGCAUGUAUUUGCUUUUUUUUUUGCUAAGAAUUUAUUUGCUUCAUCAGUGUUUUUUGCCAUCCAUAAAUAAAAUUGUGCCACUGCAUAAUCGUUCUUCGAAUUUACGAGAUACAAGCCAUCGAUCAUAAUAGUUCUAGAAAAAGAAAAGAAAAAAGAUCCAAGAACUCACAAAAUCUACAAUCGAAACGAAUUAGAGGAAAAAGACAGUCAUAUUCAUAUAUGGAUGCUCAAUAGACUGAGAAGUCACGAGUGGGUUAAAGAACUUGUCGAAUUUCUUUAGUCAUAUGACAAAGCUCUUUGAUUAUGAAGGAAGUGGCACACUUUUCUGUUUUGACCCAAAAUGACUUUAUUUUUCAAAACUACUUACAAUAUCUAUAUGACAAGUCAACUUUUUAUUGUAAACAUUAUCAUAUAAAAUAUAUGUUCAUAUACAUUGGUUGUCAAAAUGACAUUAAAUUAUUACAGAAAAAGUCGAAAGAAAAGAACAAUUUCAGAGACAAGGAAAAUCAUCUCGCAAUUAACUACAAUAAAUAAAUUAUUCAUGUAGCAAAUCUGUGUGAUUUAUAGCAGAAAUACAAAAAAAAUAUUGUUAAAAUGUAUGAAACUAUUUUUCAAUAUACAUAUAUGAAAAAUUAUGUAGGGCAUGGGUAAGAUAGUUUUUUUUUUUUUUGGUAAUCAUGUUAAAAUGGGUAAGAUAGUUAAUAGCUUAUUAAAGCAAAACAGGAAAUAAAUCAUGAAAAUUUCAUUUUAUAGUAUUUUGUAUUUACAAUACUCGACCGAUUGAUCGAAUAUGAGUCGAACAUUUUUGCAAAAAAAAAAAAACAUCAGCAAAGAAACAUAAACAAAAUAAAAUUUAAAAUGAAUAUGGACCCACUUUAUGUUUUUUAAAAUAUGCCCUAGCCUAUAUAUAGAUAAGGGGUUCUGAGACCCAUACACAUAAUAGGCAGCUACGAAACUUUCUACUCUCUGCCAUAAAUCCUUUCUUUUUUUUUUACUCUCCCUUUAGUAGAAAUAUAAAACCAUGGGAAUCGCAGAAGAAAGCAGCAAGCCAAUGUGGGGUAGCGUGAGCCACACGUCUCCAGGUCCAGGCUACUCUCUCAACGGCAAAAUCAUGCUCUCCUCCGUAAUCAUCCUCUUCGCCGCCGUGCUCAUGAUCCUCUGCUUCCACAGCUACGCCCGAUGGUUAUUCCGCCGUCAAAACCGUCGCAUUCGCCGCCGUAUUCGUGCUCACCUCCGAGCUCUCACCGCCUCCACCAUCUCCUCCUCCUCCCUUUCCCCUCUCGACACGGCGGUUCUCGAGAAGAUUCCUAUCUUCGUUUACUACUUGGAGACUCAUCAAACGCCACUGGAGGAGUGCUCCGUUUGCUUGUCGGAGUUCGAAGAAGAGGACCAAGGCCGUAUCCUCCCUAAAUGUGGCCACGCUUUUCACGUUGAUUGCAUCGAUACUUGGUUCCGCUCCAGAUCCACUUGCCCUCUUUGCAGAGCUCCGGUUCAACCGGAAAGUCCCUCGACCCGACCCGAAUCAGCCGAACAAGCCGCUUCGGUUAAACCGGUGGAGGACAUAGAAACUGGAAGUUCUUCUUCCUCCUCCUCCUCUUCUUCGUCUUCGCCGUUGAGGUUUCCGAUGGAGGCGUGUGAGAGAGAACCAAUAGAUUUAGUCGGUGUCAUGGUGGAGACUCCUCACAUAAUUUGAAGGCUCUUCUAAUAGUUACCCGGUUCUAACCAACAGCCAAAACGGAUGUAAUCGGGUUUUAUCUUUGGAAAGACUAUGGAGCAUCUAGAGAAGCGUGCGGGCAAAGAAAUGAUAUUUUUUCUUUUCUUUUUUCAAAACCGCAUGAGAUUUUUGACACGUAGCAAUAAUGCCAGCUCACGUGGCGCUAACGCUGGUCCACGUGGCCGUUAUUGAUGGACCACGAGAGCGCCUACGUUAUCAUCCACCACCACUAAAAUUGCUACAAGCCUGGUGGUCUACGGAGAGCUUCUUACAUAAAACUUUCAUUUUUGUAAAUUUAUUAUCACAAAAAUCAUAGCGACUGUGGGAACUGAAUUAGCUAGGCACCACUAGAAUUCACAAUUAUUUAUUUCGAAAAAGAUUACAUGAAUGACAUCAAAUGAUACAACUUAGUGACAUGUUACAGUA